UACCUUGACGCUGCCGUCUCGCUCCAGAGGAAGGAUUCAUUCCGUAUUCACUGUUUGUCUCGGCGGGCGGAGGAGGAGGCAGAGGUCACUUCAUCUGCGAACACUGAAGGAAACGAGCAAUCACUACAAGGAACCCCCCAGUGUGCAUCACUCAGCUACUGACAGUUAUGGCAACAAUUGUAAUGGAGAGAAUUGGGCGAGUGUUCAUCAGCCUGCAGCAGAUCAGGGGGGUCCCCCAGAUGCUGACUGAGGCGGCACCCUCCAUGCCCGGCACUGUUAGAGACAUUGAGGUCCCCCACUACUUCAGGGAGCGCUACGUCUCCACCGGCUACCGACCACUCAACCAAAACUGGCGUUACUACUUCCUGUCUUUAUUCCAGCGCCACAAUGAGACCAUCAACGUCUGGACUCACCUGUUGGCCUUUUUAGUUCUUCUGGUUAAACUGCGCCAACUCAGUGAGACUGUGGAGUUUGUUAGUGAUCCUCAUUCGUGGCCCCUGUUGGUCCUCAUCGUGUCCUCCUUGACCUACUCGGCAUGCAGUGUAGCAGCUCACCUACUGGGCAGCAAGUCUGAGAUGUGUCACUAUACCCUCUUCUUCCUGGACUAUGUUGGGGUAGCACAGUAUCAGUAUGGCAGUGCUAUAGUUCAUUUUUACUAUGCUGUGGAUGAGAGCUUGCACAGAUACGUGCAUGGGAUCUUCAUGCCCACUGCCACUGUUCUCAGCUGUCUGUCAUGCCUGGGAUGCUGCUAUGGCAAAUACUGCAACCACAGCCUACCAACCUGGGUGCGUAAGGUGUGCCAGGUGGUGCCCUCAGCGCUCGCCUAUAUGUGGGACAGCAGUCCUGUGGCUAAAAGACUUAUGUCAUGGUCUUCAGCCAGCAAUGACACAGCCUAUAUCUAUCACUUUGGCCAGGUGGCUUUCUUUCUCAGCUGUGCCUUCUUCUUCACCUACCCCCUGCUAGAGCGCUGCUUCCCUGGGCGGUGUGAUUUUAUGGGACAGAGUCAUCAGAUGUUCCAUAUAUUUCUAUCUUGCUGCACCCUGUGUCAGAUCCAUGCCUCUCAUCUCGACUUCGUGGGCCGUAGGAAAUUAUACUCAAGUCUGCAUAAGAGCGGUGAGGCUGCCCUCUUUGUGGGACUGUAUGUGGUCACUUUGGUUGUAUGUGUGCUAAUUGUUGCCUUCAUGCUGAGGAAAGUAAAGCAAGUGCUUGACUUCAAUGCAAAGUCCAAAUAAUGGAUUAGAUGCUGUAGGAUCAAUGUGCAAAAGCAUUCAUGUGCCUUUCCUUGCAGACUUGCUGCUUUGAUAGAAAGAGAACUAAUUAUAUUUGCUGUAUUACUGUAGUUUAGGCUUGUGUUAUGUAAAUGUCUGUUGGAAACUGUAAUAUUUUAUAACGGUAAGUGGCAGAUUACAAGAGGGAUGCAAAAUAAUAGUAGGAUCUAGUAUUUUGGUACUGAUUUGCAUUAGAAUUUUUUGAAGAAUUCCAACUGGUGUUUUUCAUGCAUCAGCAAAGGCUGGUGCGUUUUUCAAAGGGAACAUAAUCAAAAUUAGAUUCCUAAAACUGCCUACAGUAUAAGUUAAGGUUAACCUUAUUUUUUUUAACAAACAUAGGCCUGAAAUACAAUCAUUAUAGACAUGCAAAUGUGGCGAGAUGGUGGAGUGUUGGGCUGCCACGUAGCGGCGCCACAGGAGCAGUACGGGGUUCAGUGCCUUGUUCAAGCAGUGCUCAGGAGGUGAACUGGCACCUCUCCAGCUACCAGUACUGUGGUCCAGGCUGGAAGUGAACUGGCGACCCGACAGACUGAGCUACUGCCACCCCCAAGUAUAUAGUCACUGCUGUUAUUGAUGAAAAUAGAUUAUAUGCAGUUUGAUUAUGAAUUAUCAGAUUAUUGAAAAUUUCAUUUUAUCCUACAAUACUGGGAUAAUAAUGGAAUAGCAUAUAAAAUGUGCCUAUAUAUAUUCUAUAUUUUAAAAGUGAAGGCAUAUUUAACCCAAACUAAUGGAUUUUUAUAUUAGUUUAUUGAAAUGGUUUGAAAGUGAUACACUGAUCAAACCAAAUCUACUUCAUAACUGAAGCUGAGACUAUCAUAAAGUAUAAUCUACCAAUUGUAAUAACAGUGUUACAACAUGCAGGGGCCUUUGUCAUUGUGCCUUGAGAGCCAAUUGUUUGCACCUUUUAUGUUACAUUGAGCAUAAAGUUGGUGCUGGUUCUCACUGUUCUCAACUCCUUAAUGCUAUUAGGUAAUGGCACAUAGUGCAGAUUGUCGGAAACUAAAGCCUUAAAAUUUAAGUUGACAUUUUCAUGUAGCUGGGAAAUCUUUGAAGACACAUUAUGAAAUGUUUUUAUUUGCCAGUCAGAGACUUAAACCAAUUUGUUGUUGUUUUGUUAGCUUGAAUUAUAUGUCAUCGCACUUUUAGAUAUAAUUUAACGCACUGCCUUAAGAAUGUAUCUAAGAAAGCUGGAUAUUUUUAUGAUUUUAUACAAUUCAAUUCUUAAUGAUAUGUCUUAAUUUAGACAUGCAGUAUAUAUGUGUAGGCUGUUUUGUAUUAUGUACUGUUUAUUUGGCAAUCACUGGGAAAUGUUGUUUGUGCCUUUUGAAUCAUAAGGGAAAAGUCUUGAGUGUAGGUGUUACAUGAGUGUACUAAUGAAAGGUAAAGGUACUGUGAUAAUGUAUGUGUUUGGGAAAUAAUACUGCCUACUACUGACCAAUAUGUAAAGCCAGCAGGAUUAAUCUUAAGCUUUUUCUUGAAGCACAAUUCUUAUGUGCAGCAUUGACUAAUAGUCUCAUCUCCUGACAUGUUGCUGGCCUCUGUGUCAAAUUCUCUUUUUACUACUUUCACUAUGAGUAACUACAAAACAUGUCUGAGAAUGACUGAGGCUUCAAAUGGAUGGGGAGAAUUGUUUAUCAGGAGCUUGUUGACCUUCGCACACUGUCCAAGGAGCAACAAGCUCCCACGUUAUCUCUGUUGUUAAAAUACAGUAUAUGCAUGUAGCCUACCUCCAGUUCAAUGUAAUAUAGUGUAGGUUAUGAAACUAAUUUCAAUGACAAAACUGAACCUCACUGAUAUUGCGAUCUAAUGUUACUGCCUAUAAUUGAAUGUUUAACUGAAACUCCAAUUGGGAACUGAGUUCUACUUUAUUGCACCUGUUAAUGUAUUGUUAUGAAACUGUUGCAGUUGUAUUUCUCUUAAAGCCCUUUUAUUUUCUUGACAUUAGUUUUUCCUGCUAUUGGCAAAUAAAAUGAAUGUCGACCGGCAGCUCCCUGCUUGUGAUGUCCCCAAUGCACCUACUGUUUCCAUAUAGAUCUUGUUCCCAGACUGGGUAUUUUUGGGUGGACUCCAGACAGAGAGCUACAGAAUGAGAUUAAAUGAUAUUGCUUGUAAUGGUUAACAGUAUAAAAGUGUGGUAUUAUUGCAACAACUGUAUUUUCACCAUUAAAUCAUGAUAUUUUAAAAACUUGAUGGAGGAUAUGUGUUAUUGCAGGUACUGUAAUCAUUUUACUAAUAAAAUAAAAGUCUGACAAUCUUUUAAAUCAAAAA